AAACAUGUGCUACGACAACAACAUGAAUUUUUUGAAAAGUUUUUAUCAUUUCUCGCAAUUUUUAUUGUGGAAUUUCGCUAAACUUUUGAGAAAAUUAUAAUCGAUUUACUCCAUAAUUCGAAUCGGCGUUGUCGUGAUAUGUGAUAAAUCCUGAUUAAAAUUUUCAUCUCUGCGGUGGAAGGAAAAUUCUUAAAGGAUGACUACGUUCAAGAAGACUGAUACCAAAGUUUUUGAUCGAGUUAAACAAGUAUCGCAAGAAAGCUUGUACUGGAAAAAACUUGGAGAACCAAUUCUUUUAAAAGAAUUCGGACCUAUCGAUUACCUGAAUUUUUCACCGGUUGAGCCUUAUAAUUUUGCUGUAACUUCGUCCGCCAGAGUUCAAAUUUAUAAUCCAGUUACGAAACAACCGUAUAAAAAUCUAAAUAAAUUCAAAGCAACUGCCUUCGGUGGAACUUUUAGGCAAGAUGGCAAAUUAUUAUGCGCUGGAAGCGAAGACUCUAUGGUUAGAUUGUUUGAUGUAUCUACCCGAAGCUUACUCAGAAGACUUAAAGGCCAUACAUUGCCAGUUCAUCGAACGUAUUUUACGUGUGAUAAUAAUCACAUAGCCAGUUUCUCAGACGAUAAAUCGUGUAUUCUGUGGGAUAUAGUCACAGAACAACAUGUCGUCAAGUAUAAAGAGCAUAAUGAUUACAUCAGAGCAGGUUGUGUUUCUCCUGUCAAUCCCAGCGUAGUCGUAUCAGGUGGAUACGACGGUGCUAUUAAAAUGUACGACAUUCGAGAUAAAUCUGUAGCAUGUACUUUAGAUCAUGGUGCUCCGGUAGAAAGUGCUCUGUUCCUUCCUACUGGAAGUAUUUUAGUGACAGCAGGUGGUAAAGAAGUUCGAGUAUGGGAUGCAUUUAACAGAACAUUGUUGGCCACUUGUUCCCAAUACCAUAAAACAGUAACGUGUAUGUGUUUGGCAACGAAGGGAAAACGACUCUUGACUGGUUCAUUAGAUCAUCGAGUAAAAGUUAUAGACAUGGUGACUUAUAGAGUUAUCCAUACCAUGGGUUAUACCAGUCCUAUUCUUAGUAUUGCCAAUAGCUUCGAUGAUAAAACUAUGAUCACCGGAACUGUAAGCGGUCUUAUAACUAUACAAAAACGAGGUGAACAAGCCAUCGUACCUCAAAAGAAACCUGUAUCGUAUCGCUACAUUGGUGACACGUCUACUAAGGAUAGUAAUUUAAUCGAUACCGUUGUUACUAUGAAGGGUAAAGAUAAGCUACCCAAAUAUGAAAGCAGUUUGAGAAAAUUCGAGUAUAAGAGAGCUUUAGAUCAUGUUAUGGUCUCUUCAGUCGCUUACAAAACUCCUGCCACUGUUAUAGCUUUAUUCGAUGAAUUAAUCAGGCGGAAGGGCUUAAAGCAAGCUAUAUCUAAUCGAGAUUCUAAACAAUUAGCUCAAAUCUUAAGAUUUAUUAUUCGAUACAUCAGCGUUGAAAGAUUUAUGAAAAUUUUAAUCGAAGUCUCCGAUCUCAUCAUAGACGCAUAUUGGGAUAUUAUCGAUUUAUAUUCUUCCGAAGUGAAAAAAUUAUUCAAUACGUUACAAGAUACUGUACGAAAAGAAACUCAAGCAACUGAAGACUUUUUGAAGAUACAAGGAGCAUUGGAGAUGAUUUUAGCCGCAUCGAAUAUCUCAUUGCCACCUAUUGAAGAUCUAGCUAUCAAAGUUGAAGCAAAAACUGAAAACGAAUGAAAUUAUCUUACUUGAAUACAUUUCAACUGCGUUAUUUAUUCGUGUAAAUAUUCUCUUCGGAAGUUGUUACCGUAUUUUUAAGAAUAUUUUGUCAUCGUGUCUGAAUUUCAUUCUUAAGACUGUGAUUUUUCUUUAUAAGGAAUUUUUAAAUCAAUUUUUAUAGCUUUGUCGCUUUCAAAUGCGGCGUAAUUCACGAAUAUUGAAUUUGAUUUUUCUAAAGAAAAGAUAAUACAUUCGAUUAAUGUUUUGAUAUGACUAGUUUAUUUAUUUUCUCAAAUGUAAGAAUCAGAUUUAUCUGAGUUCGCGUUUUUUUUUAUUGUUUUCUGUGAAACAAAUCAAGUAUAAACAGUUACAAAAUAAAGAUGAUUAUGAUCUUUG